GUCUGUGGUCCGUUCACCCAUCUACAGAGGUGCCAUGUCACAGUAAUAACCCCGCCUGCAGUGAACCGAAAGAAGACCUGCGGCUCCAUGACCACUGGAAAACCGGCUCUCAUGCCUUGUCCACAUGCAGCAAUGCUGCUAUCUUCCGACGAAUGAACACAAUGUUGGGCAACUCUCUGGACCUCACUGGGGUGUGCACUACACCUAAAAACCAUACAGGAAAGAGGGACCAAGAACUGUCAGACUUGUUAGAGAUGGACUGUGCUGCGAAAGGCAGUCCGAUGGGCUCCCGGAUGCUUUUCUCAACCUCCAGAGCCCUGGAGCAGGUCUCUCCCCUCCCAGGCGGCCUGUCUGACCUCACACAGCUGGGCCUGGGGCUACAGUCGCUCAACCUGGAUAGCUGGGAGCAUCCAUCCACCGCCACAGAGCCCCCAUCACACACCAGCUCCUCCAUGCUCGGCAUGCUGGGUAGCCCACUAAGCAAGCCUCCGGGCUUCCAUCCCCUAGAGCCUACAGGCAACACAGGGUUCUGUGGGCGGAGCCCCGGCGGGAACACCCGCAUUGAGAGGCGUUCCUUUCUCGACUCUCGCUCCAGUAGCCCAGCCGACUCGGAGACCAGCGGCUUCAGCUCUGGAUCAGACCACCUUUCUGAGCUGCUGUCUUCUCUGCGGAUCUCCCCGCCCUUCAUGAUGCCCCGGGUCCAACAGAGGGACCCCAACAGGCUGGGCAUAGCCAGUGGCCCGUCUACCUUGGACUUCCAGGACUCCUCUCCACUCAGCCCUGAUCUCCCCACCCUCCCGGGCCAGGGCCGCUGUGGGAUUCCCCUGGCCAAGUGCUGGCCCCAAGCUUCGGUGUGGCCCAGCUGGGACCUGCUGGAGGGCCACCAGAGGCCUUUCAGCAUCGAGAGAGAGGCUCGCCUGCACCGACAGGCUGCAGCGGUGAAUGACGCCACCUUCACAUGGAGUGGCCAGCUGCCUCCAAGGAACUACAAGAAUCCAGUGUACUCUUGCAAAGUGUUCCUGGGAGGCGUGCCCUGGGAUGUGACCGAAGCCAGCCUAGUCAACACAUUCAGUGUGUACGGCCCUCUGAGUGUUGAAUGGCCUGGUAAGGAUGGGAAGCACCCGCGCUGCCCGCCAAAAGGUAAUAUGCCCAAAGGCUAUGUGUACCUGGUGUUUGAGAAUGAACGGUCUGUACACGGGCUGCUACAGGCUUGCACCCAGGACCAGCUCCGGCAGGAAGACUACAGGGAGUACUACUACAAGAUGUCCAGCCGUAGGAUGCGCUCCAAGGAUGUGCAGGUAAUCCCGUGGAUGCUGGCCGACAGUAACUUUGUGCGCUGCCCGUCCCAGCGGCUGGUCCCAAGUAAGACGGUGUUUGUAGGCGCGCUGCACGGCAUGCUAAACGCAGAGGCCCUGGCCUUCAUCAUGAACAACCUCUUUGAGGGGGUCAUGUACUCUGGUAUCGACACAGACAAGCACAAGUACCCCAUAGGGUCAGGACGUGUGACCUUCAACAACCAGAGGAGCUACCUCAAGGCUGUGAGCGCCGCCUUUGUGGAGAUUAAGACUACAAAAUUCACCAAGAAGGUUCAGAUUGAUCCCUACCUGGAGGACUCCACGUGCCAAUUGUGUAACCGCCAGCCAGGGCCCUUCUUCUGCAGAGACCCGGCCUGCUUCAAGUACUACUGCCGCUCCUGCUGGCACUGGCAGCACACGAUGGAUGUGCUCCGCAGCCACAGGCCCCUCAUGAGGAACCAGAAAAGCCUGGACUGCAGCUAAGCUGCCUGGCAAACACUCCAGGGGUCUCCAGAAGCCCUCCACAUGAGCCCUGAGGCGUCAUGCAGGAUGGGGUGACCCCACAGGAUCCCCAGAGCUUGUUGUCCCCCCUCAACUGGGCCUGGGUACAUUAGGAAUAAUCACUAUUGCACUGCUCUUUUUGCUGUUUACUUGUUUUCACUAAUGGCACUUGAAGGGUUUGGGAGUCCUUGAGAUGACUUCUGUAAAUCAGGGCAGGGCAUUGAGGCCUCCAUAGGAAUGUAUAGUCCUCACCCUUGAUUUUUAGAGCUUUUUUUAAUCAUAUUUUUGUGAUGUUGUUUUGGGUGUGUGGUACCCACACUUUAUAUAUUUGAGGUCCCAUUGUCCUUCAGCGCAAAUGCCAGACUGUGCCUUUUGAUUAAUUUCAUCCAUCCCAUGUCACCUACCCUCCUUUUGAGGAAACAAUUUUUUUUUUCUUUAUCAAAUGUGAGUUUGGCAUUAAGUCAUCCAGUAGCAUACCUUGACAUUUUUAUGCAGGUUUUUUACCCAUUUUUACACACGGUUUUAAGUCCUAACAUGGUAACUUAAUAGAAUAUCUACUUGACUGCUUUUUAAUUUUUUCGCCCCAAUUUAUCCCUCACAACAGUUGUAUGGGGCUGUAGGUUUAUAUAACUUUUUUUCCUCUUUUCUACAAAUGAGGUGGUCAAAGCUUUGUUCUGCCUAGCUGUGACAGCGCUCCAGCAUUUUCUUGCCAUCCGUUCCUGGAUUCACAGCCAGGUUACCACUUACAAUCUGAUUCAAUGGUAAAUCACACUGAACAAACCCUGACCUUGAGACUGUCUGUUGUACAUAGUUUUAAAAAAGAUAUACUGUUGCACUUUUUUUUUUAUUUGCACUUGAAUAGGGUUGACUUUUUUGUUUUUAAUCACCUGUUUUUUGUUUUGUCUGUACUUCAGCAGGACAAGUGUUGUCAUUGGGAGUGUUUCUCUUAAAUGCCUGGUCCCUGUUGAAUGUAGAAGUAACUUUGCUAGUAUGUUGCGACCAAACCUGGCAUAUCUCCUCUUACCCUGUUCCUGCCCCUUUUGUCAUCUAAGGCUCUGUUCCAAAGAUCUAUUGUCGCCCUUUUCCUUUCGUCAUGUUUUUUGAGCUGCUUUUUAGGGUUUGAAAGUCUCUACCUCAUUGGUCUGCUGAUGUUACUGGAGUUACAUACAGAUAUGGAGGGUGUUCUGAUUGCACAAUAAAGGUGUUCAAGCAUUA